AGCGUUCAACGUCUGCGGCGAUGACAAUGAGUUUUCUAUCCAUUGCCAGACCGGUAUCGAUUACUUGGAACGAAAUUUACAAUCACUAAAAGCGACUAACUGUUGCGUAGUUUGAGUUGGCUAUAUUGCUACUGUUUAAUUCAAGUAUAUUUUGACCUCAUUAGCAGCGUAAAGGACGAUAAAAUCGCGGAAACGGCAUGGCACAUAGAGACGGCAAAGGUUCAAGGGAUGAAAAGAUUGAAGAAAUUAAAACAAGAAUCAGAGAGUAUCCAGACUUUCCUAAACCUGGCAUCACAUUCAGAGAUGUCUUUCCACUGUUCCAUCAUCCUUCAUUGCAACAUACAAUAGUGGAACUACUUAAAGGUCAAAUCGACGAGAAAUAUUCGAAUAGAAAAAUUGAUAUGAUUGUUGGCAUAGAUUCUAGAGGGUUUUUAUUUGGACCCGAGCUUGCUAAUGCACUGGGCUGUAAUUUCAUUCCUGCGCGGAAAAAGGGAAAACUACCUGGUGCAACCGUGACACAAUCUUACCAAUUGGAAUAUGGAUCAGAUACAUUGGAGAUGCAAAAAGAAUAUGUAGUUGCUGGAAAAUGUGCUAUAAUCGUUGAUGAUUUGAUUGCUACUGGAGGGACAAUGGCCGCAGCAUAUAACCUUUUAACAAACUCUGGUGUUGAGGUACUGGAAUGUCAAUGUCUUGUUGAACUUCCAGAGUUGCAUGGGAGAGAUAAGCUACCAAAACAAUGUCCAGUUUUUUGUUUAGUAGAAUAUGGAGGUUGCUAGAUCAGGACAUUUUUAACUUGAAAAUCAUGUCUAAUUUCUUAUCUGUUCAAUUCAUUUUCCUUAAUUAAGCUUAUUUUUACCAUCCUGUUUUACCACUUGAUUAUUUUUAAUUAAAAUCUCAUGAACGAA